UUUCCAAUUCUUCAAUCUAGCAACUCUGUGCAGCCAUGAAGUUCCAAAUUGAGGACGUAACAGUGUACUUCCCUUACGAUCACAUCUACCCAGAACAGUACGCCUACAUGAUGGAUCUCAAGCGAGCUCUAGACGCCAAAGGCCAUUGCCUCUUGGAGAUGCCUACUGGUACCGGCAAGACCAUUGCCCUCCUCGCCCUUAUCACCAGUUACGCCCUCUCCAAACCUUCCAAUCCCAUUAAACUCCUUUACUGCACCCGUACUGUCCAUGAGAUGGAGAAAACCCUAGCCGAGCUUCGCCUUCUCCAUGAUUACCAGCUCCGCUACCUCGGCCCUUCUGCUCGCAUCCUCGCUCUCGGUCUCUCUUCUCGCAAAAAUCUAUGCAUCAACCCUUCCGUCCUCUCCGCCAACUCUCGUGACUCCGUCGACGCCGCUUGCCGCAAGCUCACCGCCAGCUGGGUCCGUGCAAUGGCUGUAGAGAAUCCUGAUGUUCCUACCUGUUCGUUCUUCGAGAAUUACGAGAAGGCUGGUUCCGAUGCGGUCCUGCGUCCUGGGGUUUAUACUUUACAGGAUUUGAGGGCAUUCGGCAAGGAAAAAGGGUGGUGCCCGUAUUUCUUGGCACGGCAUAUGAUUCAGUUUGCGAAUGUUGUCGUUUAUAGUUAUCAGUACUUGCUUGAUCCAAAGGUCGCGGGGAUCAUAUCCAAGGAGGUGCAGAGGGAGAGUGUCGUGGUUUUUGAUGAGGCUCAUAAUAUCGAUAAUGUGUGCAUUGAGGCGCUUAGUGUGAGCGUGAGGCGGCAGACGCUUGAAGGAGCUACAAGGAAUCUCAACAGGUUGAAUCAGGAGAUCGAAAGGUUCAAGGCAACCGAUGCCAGCAGAUUGCGUUCUGAAUACAACCGGCUUGUUGAGGGUUUGGCACAAAGGGGAAGUCUAUCUCUCACCGAUGCUUGGCUGGCAAACCCUGCCUUGCCUGAUGACAUACUAAAAGAGGCUGUGCCAGGAAAUAUUCGUCGAGCAGAACAUUUUCUCUCUGUUUUACGAAGAUUGAUACAAUAUUUGAAAGGGCGUUUGGAUACAGAGAAUGUAGAGAAGGAGGGGCCUGUUGCCUUUGUUGCUUCCAUAAAUGCCCAAGCUGGUAUUGACCAGAAAAUGUUGAGGUUUUGCUAUGAUCGAAUGUACUCCCUCCUGUUGACCUUGGAAAUAACCGAUACUGAUGAAUUUUUGCAUAUCCAAACAAUUUGCGACUUUGCAACACUGGUGGGAACAUACACCAAGGGUUUUUCAAUCAUCAUUGAACCUGUUGAUGAGAGAAUGCCGCAUAUACCCGAUCCUGUAUUACAGCUCAGCUGUCAUGAUGCUUCUCUUGCCAUAAAGCCAGUUUUUGAACGGUUCCAGUCAGUUAUAAUAACUUCUGGAACUUUAAGCCCGAUAGAUCUCUAUCCUCGCCUUCUUAAUUUCAACCCGGUGAUUAGUCGAAGCUUUACAAUGUCAUUAACAAGGGAUUGCAUUUGUCCUAUGGUACUUACUCGAGGGAGUGAUCAGCUUCCUGUGAGUACGAAGUUUGACAUGAGGAGUGAUCCGGGUGUUGUGAGAAAUUAUGGAAGACUCUUGCUGGAGAUGGUGGCUGCUGUGCCAGAUGGGAUUGUUUGUUUCUUUGUCAGUUACUCAUACAUGGAUGGAAUUGUCAAUAGUUGGAAUGAAAUGGGAAUCUUGCAGGAUAUUAUGCAGCAUAAGCUUGUUUUUAUUGAGACCCAGGAUGUUGUAGAAACUACAUUGGCUCUGGAUAACUAUCGUAGGGCUUGUGAUUGCGGGAGGGGUGCUGUCUUUUUCUCUGUUGCCAGGGGAAAAGUAGCGGAAGGUAUCGAUUUUGAUCGACAUUAUGGUAGAUUAGUGAUCAUGUUUGGGGUUCCUUUCCAAUACACUCUGAGCAGAAUAUUGCUUGCUCGGUUGGAAUAUUUACGGGAGACCUUUCAGAUAAAAGAAGGCGAUUUUCUGACUUUUGAUGCACUGAGGCAAGCUGCUCAAUGUGUGGGCCGAGUCAUUCGUUCAAAAGCGGACUAUGGGAUGAUGAUUUUUGCUGACAAGAGGUAUAGUCGCCAUGACAAGCGGUCUAAAUUGCCUGGUUGGAUACUGUCACAUUUACAUGAUGCACACCUGAACUUGAGCACUGACAUGGCUCUCCAUAUAGCAAGAGAUUUUCUUAGGAAGAUGGCUCAACCAUAUGAUAAGACCAGAAGUGGUGGCAAGAGAACUCUGUUGUCGCAAGAGGACAUAGAGAAGAUGAGUAAUGAUGGCGCCACUGAAAUGUCAUUUUGAUUAGCGGUGAGACUGUAGACCCAUUUGGCCAGCCAAACUAUUUUGAAUCCAAUCUAGGGAGUGUUAGAUGUACGUAUCUUCCCAACUAUUGCUCUGUACAGAAUAUUCUUGCCUGGCAAAUUAGGGAAAUUUUGAUGGUGUGGAAGGUUGUCUCAACUUUACAUUUUUUUUUGGUGAGUGGGUGUAUUUAGAGGUUGUCUUAUCUUGAUACUACAUUGGGAAAAAACUGGAAAAUCAAAGCUUUAGGACAUUGAAUAAUGCAGCUGAGCAGGUUAUUGUUUGUUAUAAAUACUGUUUUUCUGUUGA